AUGCGUGCAGGGCGGGUGUCUGGAGUUCUCAUCAAGGACGGGGCGAUGGGCACACUUCUGGAGGCCUGGGGUGUGGACUAUGACAAGGUGGGACCGAUGUGGUCUUCCUCGGUGCUUCUUUCAGACAGGAGUUUGGUUGAACGGGUCCAUCGCGCUUAUAUUGAGGCCGGAUGUGACGUGCUCCUAACGUGCACCUAUCAAAUGUAUGAGGAAGGGUGUGCGGCCUCCAAUGUGACCAUGUCCGAGUUGGUGAAUCGUGCAGUUGAAGCGGCACGUCACUUCAUGCCCCCAUCAAACCGAAAAGAAACGAGAGGGGAAUCUACAGCAGGCGAAAGCAGGGCUAGUAUGACUGAAAUCCUUGCGUCAGCGCUCUCCGCUGCCCGAGGCAAUAGACAGGACCGGGUUGUUUUGUUGGCGGGAAGUUUGGGUCCGUAUGGUUCCUCGUUACCGGGUGGAAAGGAGUAUUCCGGCGACUACUCCAUACAUGAUGCUGUCAUUAACACGUUUCACGGCCGCCGGUUAGAGGCAUUUUUGGAUAAAGUGGGUGAGAGACGGGUUCUCAAGGUUGACUUCUUGCUGUUGGAGACCUUCCCGCGUCUGGAUGAGGCGCUUGGAAUCCUCGCUUUUGUGCAUCAACACGAAAUCUUGCGUGAUGUGCCUAUGUGCUUCAGUUUUGUUGCGGCGCCCGUGGAAUCGCUCCUUUCCGACACUGCGGAUGACCGUGAGUUGGACGAGUGGUGGAACGCAGCCACAUCCGCUGUUCGUCUGGUAGACGGCAACACGUUUGUUGGGGCACUUGAUGAAUUGCGGAAGAAUCGUGGGACGACGCUGGCAGGCGUGGGAUGCAACUGUGCUGCUCCGCUGGAAGUAAGCCUAGUGGCAGGUGCCUUGCUUCAGACGAAGCGUCAGGAGACGGAAGAGCCGCUGGUGCUCCUGUUGUAUCCAAACUCAGGCGAAACGUACGCAGAGAGGCAGUGGAUAAAGUCACCGCAUAUGGCACGAACUCCAGAAGUAGAAAAGCCUUCAGUGCAGGAUUUGCGGAAACGAUUGGCACACGGGGGUGGAGACGCGGAAACCUGUGCGAGGUUUGUUCUGCAGCUGCUACAGCAACGUCCCGAGGCGCCGGAUUGGUUGUUUGAGGUUGUCAUUUACGGCGCAUGCUGCAGAUCGGCACCCGAAGACAUCUCAGCCAUAAGGCAGACAACGUCUGAAUAUUUUUCAUUGCGUGUGUAA